AUGCCCGGCGCGCACGCGCGGGCGACGACGUUCGUGGCGGAGACGCGGUUGCCCACGGAGCGCGGGUUUUAUCGCGUGCGGGGGUACAGACACGCGAAUCCGAACACGGGUGCGGUCACGGAGCCGGUGUGCGUGGUGUACGGUGACGUGGAGGGCUUGGAGGAUGUUCCGCUGCGGGUGCACGACGCGUGCUUCACGAGCGAGGUGUUGGGGUCGAUGAAGUGCGAUUGUAAGCAGCAGUUGGAGAUGGCGAUGGAUUACAUCAAGGACAACGGACCGGGGAUGGUGAUUUACCUGCAGCAAGAGGGCAGAGGGAUUGGAUUGGCGAAUAAAAUCGCGGCGUACGCGGUGCAGGAGGGUGGGGUGGACACGGUGGACGCGAACAGAAAGCUGGGGUUGCCGGACGACACGCGCGAGUACACGGCGGUGGAGAACAUGCUCGCCGAGCUCGGCGUGAAGAGCGUGCGGUUGAUGACGAACAACCCGAGAAAGAUUCGGGAAUUAGAGUGUGGGGGGAUUAAAAUUACCGGGCGCAUCGCGUGCGUGGUCAAGGCGAACCUCUUCAACGAGGGGUAUCUCGCCGCGAAGGAGCGCCGCAUGGCGCACGUGCUCGACAAGAGCUGGAUGUAUUGGGACGCCAAGGGGAACACGUACGACUCCUUGGACGAGAUGGAGGGUGACUACGGAGACGCGAGCGUCGAUGAGUGCGAGUCGUUCGCCGGGGAUGGGACGCGUAAAUUCAACUAA